CAAAAGCGAAAGUCCCAGAUCCGCCUCGCCCAAAAGCCAAAGCCCAAAGCGCAAAAGACUCGCACCGAGAUGCGUGCGAGCUCCCAAAGCGGCAAACAGCACCCAAACUCCUCCUCCCCCUUUCUAGAUUCUUCCGCCAAAUCUCCAAGCAAACGGGCAGUCCUCACGAAUCAACGGCCCAGAUCCGCCCGAACUUUCAAGAGCGAAGAAAAUGUACAAAAUCCUAGCAAAAACCCUCGCUUCUUAUAAAAACCUCUCCUCUGGUCUCAUUUCAUCCAUCAUCUAUAAGAUAAUCGCCCGAUCUCAGUUACGUUGCCUUAUCCAUUGGGAUCGCGCCAAACCCUAGCUCUUCGAUUCGUCCUCUGAGGUAAUGGCAUCCACUUGCAGUACUAUUUCUUUUGCUGCCUCUAGCGGCCUUGCAGCUGAAAAGAAGCUCUCAGCCCUUACAGGGAGGCCGUCCCAGCUAUCUUCUUUUGCCUCGAUUUCUUCUAGUUCUUUAAGUAGCAGGAGGCAGAACUUCCGUCUACAGAAACGAUGCAACUCUCAGAUCAGGGCAAUGGCGAAAGAGCUAUAUUUUAAUAAGGAUGGGUCAGCUAUUAAGAAGCUGCAAACCGGUGUUAACAAGCUUGCAGAUCUUGUUGGGGUUACUUUAGGUCCAAAAGGCAGAAAUGUUGUUCUUGAAAGUAAAUAUGGGUCCCCAAAGAUUGUUAAUGAUGGUGUCACAGUGGCUAAAGAGGUCGAGUUGGAGGACCCAGUGGAGAACAUUGGUGCCAAGUUGGUAAGACAAGCAGCUGCAAAGACCAAUGACUUGGCUGGCGAUGGGACCACAACUUCAGUUGUCCUUGCUCAAGGUCUAAUUGCUGAAGGUGUCAAGGUGGUUGCAGCUGGUGCCAACCCUGUUCAAAUUACCCGAGGUAUAGAGAAAACAGCUAAAGGCUUAGUUGCUGAACUCAAGCUCAUUUCAAAGGAGGUUGAAGACAGUGAGCUCGCAGAUGUAGCUGCAGUUAGUGCUGGAAACAACUAUGAGAUCGGAAACAUGAUAGCUGAGGCUAUGAGUAAGGUUGGUAGGAAAGGUGUAGUGACGCUCGAGGAGGGUAAAAGUGCAGAAAACAACCUCUAUGUUGUAGAGGGAAUGCAAUUUGAUCGUGGAUAUUUGUCCCCCUACUUCGUAACUGACAGUGAAAAGAUGUCAGUUGAAUAUGAGAACUGCAAGUUGCUUCUUGUUGACAAGAAAAUUACAAAUGCAAGAGAUCUGAUCAACGUGUUGGAAGACGCCAUAAGGGGUGGAUAUCCGAUCUUGAUAAUUGCUGAAGAUAUUGAACAGGAAGCUCUUGCCACCCUUGUCGUAAAUAAAUUAAGGGGGUCCCUCAAGAUCGCUGCGCUUAAAGCUCCUGGAUUUGGGGAGCGCAAAAGUCAAUAUCUUGAUGACAUAGCAAUAUUGACUGGAGGAACUGUAAUCAGAGAUGAAGUUGGACUGACAUUGGAAAAGGCUGACAAAGAGGUCUUGGGUACUGCAGCUAAAGUUGUGCUAACUAAAGAUUCAACCACCAUAGUUGGUGAUGGAAGCACCCAAGAAGAAGUAGCUAAAAGAGUUGGACAGAUCCGAAAUUUGAUAGAGGCUGCUGAACAAGAAUAUGAAAGAGAAAAACUAAAUGAGAGAAUAGCAAAACUUUCUGGUGGUGUUGCUGUUAUUCAGGUUGGAGCACAAACAGAGACUGAAUUAAAAGAGAAGAAGCUGAGAGUGGAAGAUGCAUUGAAUGCUACUAAGGCUGCUGUUGAGGAGGGUAUUGUUGUUGGUGGUGGAUGUACACUUCUGAGGCUUGCAUCUAAGGUUGACGCCAUCAAGGAAACUCUAGAAAAUGAUGAGCAAAAGGUAGGAGCAGAUAUUGUCAAAAGGGCAUUGAUCUAUCCAUUGAAAUUGAUUGCCAAGAAUGCUGGAGUUAAUGGAAGUGUUGUCACUGAGAAGGUGCUUUCUAAUGACAACCCCAAAUAUGGUUAUAAUGCUGCCACUGGAAAGUAUGAGGACUUGAUGGCUGCUGGGAUAAUUGAUCCCACAAAGGUGGUAAGAUGUUGCUUGGAGCAUGCUGCGUCAGUUGCGAAAACGUUCUUAACAUCAGAUGUUGUGGUGGUUGAUAUCAAGGAGCCUGAGCCUAUACCUGCAGGGAAUCCAAUGGACAACUCAGGCUAUGGCUACUAGUGAUUUCUGAUGGGAGAGGCAGGAAGGAACAUGAUCUCAGCACAAGGAGGAGUCUUCCAUGCUUGUUUCGUUGCUGAUGCCAUCGAAACUUAUUUUUGUAUGUGCAAUAUUUAUUUGUUAGGCAUUGUGAAAGGUUAGGGUUAAAUGUUCGAGGUUAGAUUAUUGUCCCAGCAAUAUGAGUUUCUCUGCGGCAAUAGUUUCUGUUCCAUGUUCUUAGGAACCAACUCUUGUUCACUAUAAUGACGCUAUGAGUUCCUCUUGAUUCUGGAUUUUCUUUCCAUAUUGCGAUGUUUUGUUUUA